GAAAAUAGAUCCCACACCUCCCCUUUUCCCUCCCUUCAAAAUUUCACUCACAGCUGCCCUCUCUCCAACGUCUCUUUUUUCUCUGCCUUCUCUUUCAAACUAACCAACACACUUCUCCAUUUCCAAAACCAAAACCCUAAGGACAAGCAUUCCACCAAAUGCAAGACCUUUUUGGAUCGGUUCGCCGAUCCUUGGUGUUAAAAUCCACUUCUGGUGAAGAUGGAGGAUUCAGCGGCAUAGUAGAGAAGAUCGGUUCCAGUAUUCGGAAAUCUCGAAUAUUCUCUAAACCGCCGCCGCCACUGCCAGCGCUUCCUCCUUGUAAAAAGGACGAUACGCCUCCGAUCCGAUGGCGAAAAGGAGAGUUAAUUGGAUGCGGUGCGUUUGGUCGUGUUUAUAUGGGAAUGAAUCUUGAUUCUGGAGAGCUUCUCGCUGUUAAACAAGUUUUGAUAGCGGCCAACAGUGCUUCAAAGGAGAAAACGCAGGCUCACAUAAGGGAGCUUGAGGAAGAAGUGAAGCUUCUCAAGAAUCUUUCACAUCCAAAUAUUGUUAGAUAUUUGGGAACUGCUAGAGAGGAUGACUCGUUGAACAUUCUGCUGGAAUUUGUUCCGGGUGGAUCCAUAUCAUCACUUUUGGGCAAAUUUGGAUCCUUCCCUGAGUCUGUUCUAAGAAUGUAUACAAAACAGCUUUUAUUGGGGCUGGAAUACCUUCAUAAGAAUGGUAUCAUGCACAGGGAUAUAAAGGGGGCAAACAUUCUGGUUGAUAACAAGGGGUGCAUUAAACUCGCCGACUUUGGAGCAUCCAAGAAAGUAGUCGAACUGGCUACUAUAAAUGGUGCCAAGUCAAUGAAGGGUACUCCAUACUGGAUGGCUCCUGAAGUUAUUCUCCAGACUGGGCAUAGCUUCUCUGCUGAUAUAUGGAGUGUUGGAUGUACCGUGAUUGAGAUGGCCACAGGAAAACCUCCAUGGAGCCAGCAAUAUCAAGAGGUUGCUGCCCUCUUCCAUAUUGGAACUACCAAAUCUCAUCCUCCUAUUCCUGACCACCUCUCCAUUGAGGCAAAGGACUUUCUACUGAAAUGUUUGCAGAAGGAGCCAAACUUAAGGUCUACAGCAUCAGACUUGUUGCAGCAUCCAUUUGUCACUGGGGAGUAUCAUGAACCUCAUUUAGUAUUCCGCAAUUCAGUUAGGGAAUCCGGGAAUCUGAUGGCAGCUGCUGGGAUGAAUCUUAAAAACUCUAUAAACCCCGUGAUUAGAAGGUCAGCCUGUGCAGGCUUGAAGGAUGUUUGUGAAAUGGGCAGCAUAAGGUAUUCGACUGUAUGUCCCGAGCAUAUACCAGAAUCAGGAUCCUAUUGGGGUGAAGUCAAUUUUGAUGACGAUAUGUGUCAAAUAGAUGAUAAAGAUGAUUUUGCGAUAAGUGCAUCGGCUAAGUUCAAGUCUGUCUUUGUAUCUGCUGAUCUAAAUAAGAGCUUCAAUCCUAUGUGUGAACCCAUGGAUGACUGGCCAUGCAAGUUCGACGAAAGUCCAGCAUCAAGGAGAGGUGGAAUUAAUUUCUCUUCUGGUCAAUCAAUCAAAGAUAUUGCUGGAAGCCUUGUAGAAUCUGAUAAACCAAAGUAUGACUUCACAUUUCCAUGUGGACCAAUAUCAGCUGAAGAUGAUGAAGAAGUUACUGAGUCAAAAAUUAGAGCCUUUUUGGACGAGAAGGUACAAUUUUAAGAAGCUGCA